CUCGGCCUCUCCCCGACCGGCGAGCGUCUAAACCAUCUCUCAUAUGCCAUCAGCAGGCUAAUCUUGCAUUGCUCGCCACUCUCUCGUUCGGCUGCUUUAAUCGCUGCACUAGCAGAAGCCGCGACUCAGCGGAUGCAGCCAUCAUGACAACUGACACUAGUACCGACUCCUCCCAUUCACUGCCUGCCAUUCCAACUCUCCCGCCCAUUGAAAUGCCUGACGACUCGGACACGGCUCUUCACGAUUCCCCCGGUCUUCACUCGCAAACAGCCACGGGCGGAUCCGCCCCCCAGCCCUCAACACCCGCCACGCCAUAUUCUCCAGAGAGUCAACCAUAUGCAAGCGGUUCUUCCACCGCUGAUUCCGUCCAGCAACAAAUUCACCAGAAAUCUGCUUCGGCUGACUCGCUACGCGUCCACCAACCCAAGGACUCCGUGCCACCCUCGCCAACAGGUGCUAGGAACGCCACACUUCCCAACGCAGAUUCGUCAAGAGCUCGUAGGUCAGAACUGUCUAUCGACGCUCGCCGCCGCCGUGAACCGGAGACCAUACCCCCUUAUGCGCGCUCGCGGGGUCACAGUGUCAGUACUGCCAGUGAUGGCAACGAUUCCGCCAUCGACCAAGGCCUCGAAUCCGAUUCCUGGCCACCCUUGAAACGUUCAAUAGAUAAAGGUAGGCGAACCUCAGUCAAGGGCGGUGAACAGGCCCGCCCGUCCCGACGCCCUGGUGAUCUCAAGCUUCCUGCUCGCAACCAACAACCUCUCCUCCCCUUUACGUUUGCCCAACCGCUACCUCACGAUGACAGCCGAAGACUGCAUUCAACCACAUCAUUACAAUCUUUUCCGAGACAUUCCUCCAUCACGGAGGUUAUGUCUGGCCGCGUCAGGAGCGGCAGUCUUGGCCUGCAAGGGAGUACCGACAGUUCUGGCAGUCGGCCCCCACUCAUUGAUACGACACAACUCUCAUUGCACUCGAGGGAAUUUCGCAUCGCGGUCGUUGGCACUCCUGGCUGCGGGAAGUCUACCUUUGUCGCCGAAGAUGCACGGUCUCACGGUGUGAACAACUUGGAUGCACUAUUUAAUGCGCCCAGCGGCCUAUCAUCCUCUCCCUUCUGUUAUGUUAGGAAGUCGGAAUCGUCGAAGCGCGAAUCUCUCCCUCAUGUAGUAUGCGUUUACGAGCUGGAUAUUACAAGCGUCGCGACACUCCCUCCCGUGGGUGGCAUUUUUGUAUGCUACGAUUCUGCGGAUCCAUCGUCAUUUGCUCCGGUGCCCGAUUUUCUUCGGUUGAUAAGCCCGAUGAAACAUUGCGUUGUCGCGAUUGCCCUUAAAUCCGACUUGGAACCAGUAGUCGACCGAGCGAUGCCCGUGAAUUUGUUCGCUGAAUACGAUAUCCAGGUGGCGGCUGUGGAUCUCAGUGACACUGGGAGGGUAAAAAUGAGGAAGGCUUUCGGCUACAUGUUACGGUGGCUCGCCCGCACACACAGUAUCGACCUCGGAAACUCUGCUACACCGGAUGCUGCAGCGCCAGCCGUUUUGUGGGAGGGUCGAGGUUCGACGUCCGUGGCACGCACGCCGUCCUCAGCACCACCGAAUCAUACAUCAUCCCAAGACCGCUCAGGUUCCUUCCAGCUUUCGCCUACAGCUAACCUCCCGAUUCCCAUUCCUUCAUCUGCGGGUUCUCCUACUCGCGCACGCUCGACCUCGGAUCUCCGCGCAGAGCACGAGAAACCCAAGUCACGAGAUUCGGAAGAGCGAAAAUUGUCAAGUGCACGUAGUACGAAUAACCUUUCUGCUGCCGCAAAUACGCAGCUAGGAUCAGUCUUACCAUUGCAGCGGGCUGGCGACCUGACGAAUGGUCUUAAUGAAGAAGAACGUCAGCUCCUGAAGGAGAAGGAAACGCGAUCCGCCCAGUAUGUCACGCUAGAGGAGUUGCUUGACAAGUUGCUAUUCCUUGCCGUUAGUGGAGAUGACCCAACUUUCAUCUCACAUUUCUUACUUACGUAUCGGAGGUUCGCAAGUCCUCGGAACCUCUUGUUGGCCAUGCAGAAGCGUAUGCGGGAACUGGACAAGUCCCUAGGUGACUCAGGCUUUGUAGGCUAUGCUGAGAUGAGGAUCUGUCAUCUGCUGCAAACCUGGAUUGAGCGUUAUCCUCAAGACUUUGCUGUUCCCGAUACCUCUGGAGCGUUGAGCGCGUUAGUAAAGUCCAUUUUGCGCAAAACCCAUCUUUGCCAUUAUGGUUCCGAUUUCUUGCCAUUUCUGGAGCAUAUACCCGAUGUCCGCGAUGUUGAUGCCGCAUGGGCACGGAAAGCAGAGCCCAUAUUGGACGAUACUGAAGAUCCCUAUUGUAUUUCUGACGGCGAAGAUGACACGCUUGGGUCGUCGCUAGCUGCGGGGUCGACUUCAGCUUCAACGAGCAAAUCGUCCGUCACACCAUCUUACGAGGCUUCCACAGGCUCUAGCUCGAGAGAGCGAAAACAGAGCCUGCCUUUAAGUGCGAUGGCAUUGAUCAUGCCUGUGUCGACACCGGUUGCUGACUCUCCCGACAUCCCGCUGAAGCAGCUGCUGAAGGAACUUUCUAAGCAUUCGCAGGAGCUGCAAAAUUACGACUGCUCUGAGAUUGCGGAAGAGAUAACACGGGUCGAAGCAUCGUUUUUCAUGGCAAUAGAACCAAGAGAUUGGCUACGUUAUACUAUCGUUCCGGGUCGCAAAGAUCCAGAGACAGAUACCAUCGCGAGGUUUAACGCAAUAUCAAAUUAUUUAGGGGACUGGGUUGUGUCUCUCAUUCUCUGCCACGACAAACCAAGGAACCGUGCUAAACAAAUUGAGAAGUUCGUCGACAUUGCCCACAAGCUUCGUGCCCUAAACAACUACUCCGCUCUACGUGCGUUCGUCGCCGGCAUCAACAAUUCCACAUUUCAGGGUGACGACACCAUGGAGACAUUUAAAUCCAAAUAUCCGGACCAUUACAAAAAUCUGUUGUCAUGGGAUGUCUUGUUGCAGCAGAGAGGCGCUCACCAAGCCUAUCGAAUGGCUCUCAAGAAUACUAAAGGAGCAUGUAUACCAGCCCUUGAAGUCCACAUGUCGGAUCUCAUACGCGCUCACGAAGGAAACCCUGAUUUCAGUCGUACAGAACCUAAGAAAGUUCACUGGGGCAAAUUUAGCAUGCUUGGGCGCUUUAUACAAUGUACCACGCAAUGCCAAAUACAAUGCCAAACGACGACCGACUAUAACUUCCGGGAACGCUCCAAGAUACGAGACCUUGUAUUCAAUGGAUACGUUAUGUCAAUAGGAAUGCAAAAUUCCAGGAUAGCACCAGUUCCAGAGGCAAGUUUGGAUGAACCUCUCGUGCCGAGUUUACCCAGGUCAUUCUCUCGUGAUGAUACUCACUUCCCGCAUGCAAGAGACAAUACCCUUAUUCGUCGGUUAUUCCAGUGGUGAAACAAUGUCGUUGUACGCCGUACUGAACUGCUGUAUCACCAACGUGCUUUCUAUUUACUGUUGGAUACCCUGUCGCAUGCUUAUAUACGUGUUAUUAUUCAUAAGAAUUUUUG